AUGAAUCAAAAUAAUAAAGUUUUAUUGGUGUCACGUCGAGAAGACCACGAAUAUCUGCUCAAAUUUCUUUUGGUCGGAGACUCCGAUGUAGGGAAAAAUGAAAUUACUGAUUCACUUCAAGCUAUUCCUGCCUCUACUUCAUCAGCGUCUUUUAUGUCUCCGAGCGCAUCAAAAACGACAACUAUUCUUCUUGAGGGUCGACGAGUUCGCAUACAACUUUGGGAUACAUCUGGACAAGGUCGAUUUGCAACAAUAUUCCGUUCAUUUUCAAGAGGUGCGCAAGGAGUGUUGUUAGUUUAUGACAUAACGAAUCGAUGGUCUUUUGAAGGCAUUAGGAGAUGGUUAGCAGAAAUUGAUGAACAUGCGCCAGGGAUACCCAAGAUACUCAUUGGGAAUCGGUUACAUCUUGAAUUUAACAGAGCUGUUUCACGCUCGGAAGCGGAAACCUUUGCUCGGAAAAGAAAAAUACAAUAUUUUGAGGUUUCACCGUUAGCGUAUUUUAAUGUUUACGAAAGUUUGACUGAACUGGCACGGGUCGUUAUAUCGAGGAAUGGUCUACGGCAGCUGUGGAAGUUUAGAGAAGUUCCAUUAUUACAAGACUUAUGUUGCCGGGCCAUUGUUCAAACAGUUGAAAAUAUUCAUGCCAUCGAACGAUUGCCGAUACCAUCCUUUCUGAAAACGAAGAUUCGUUCUUUUGCGCAAGGUGCAGAAAUAUGUACUGCAACUCUUCUUCGCAGAGAACUAAUUCAGAAGCCAAAGAAUAAAAUACUUUUGCGACUCUUGGAAUCUGUAGUUAGGCCCUAUCAUUUUCGUCUCCGGCGCAACAAUUGUUCGUUAAUGUGA